GCGCUGGCCGGGGCCGGGGUCCGCUUUGAGAUCUGGUGGAUCGGCUCAGCCUGCGUCUGCUUUGGCGGCUGCGAAGGCGCACAGGUGCUCUGGGGAGAGGGGGGGCUGGCGGCGCCAGCACCGACCGUCACUGACAGCCUCUCCGCGGGCGCCCAAAUUCGUUCACUUGCGAAUUGCGUAAGCGGCCCUCCCGGUACCGGGUCAGCGAGAACUGCGCGGGCUUGCUGCCUGCUGUACCUUGCUAGGCCCACUGUUCCAGCCUGAACGCCCUCCACUCCCUGCCCUGCACUUGGUGUUCCAGCAACGUUGGACUGUUUCUCUCCUUGCUGUGCUUGACGAUGCUGGCCCUCCUGCCUGGCUUGCCCACCGCCACCCUUUGCCCGACUGAUUUCACUAGCCUUUUAAAACCGGUUCUGUUACCUCCCCUCGCAGCUGCCUCACCCUGCCGUAGAAGCCGCUCUUCUCAGCGCCUUGGCUCCUGUUUACAGCUCUGUGACUGCGCUUAGUGUUGCACAGGAUUGGUUUUUCCUUCUGUGAGAUGCUUGAAGAUAGGGGCCAUGCCUUAACCCUCCAUGAACAUUAUCUGGCGCACACUAGUCGAUAGAAGCAGUCAUUUGGCCACCUGUGAGCUUUCCAUCUCAUCAGAUAAGGCUAGCCAUAGGACCCUGGAACCGCUGAAGAACCAAGGUGGCCUGCGGUCACAUGCUGAUUACCAUGGCACCAGAGAAAUGCAGCGUGACUUCCCCAGAGCCAUGAUUUUCAGCACCGACGAUUUUUUCUUCAGGGAAGAUGGUGCCUAUGAGUUCAACCCGGACUUCUUGGAGGAAGCUCAUGAGUGGAACCAGAAGCGAGCAAGGAAAGCAAUGCAGAAUGGCAUAUCCCCCAUUAUUAUUGAUAACACCAACCUGCACGCCUGGGAAAUGAAGCCCUAUGCAGUCAUGGCACUUGAGAAUAACUAUGAAGUUAUAUUCCGAGAACCCGACACUCGCUGGAAAUUCAACGUUCAAGAGUUAGCCAGAAGAAACAUCCAUGGAGUCCCAAGAGAAAAAAUCCACCGAAUGAAAGAACGGUAUGAACAUGAUGUUACCUUUCACAGUGUCCUCCAUGCAGAAAAGCCGAGCAGAGCGAACAGAAACCAGGACAGGAACAGCGCGCCUCCCAGCGGCUCUGGGUACUGGAGCACCUACACAGAGCUCCCCAACCGAAGGGCUCACGGCGGCUUCUCCAAUGAGAGCUUCAGAAGGGGUGGCUGUCACCAUGGAUAUUAGCUGUCUGUGCACAGCCACUGCAGAAUUUUCCUAAAGAAGUUUCUACUUCAAUUUUUGGUAUUUAUUCUUUGAUCAGUUUUAGCCAGAGCUCUAAUUCCAAUGUAAAUAGCCAAGCCCAGAAAUUUCUGAACAGAGGUCAUUAUAUUCAUUAUCUCCAACAAGCAAUGUCAGAGUGCGCACAUGUGGCUUGGCGAUGGGGAUUCUGCUGAGGGCCAAGAGGUCUUUCUCUAGAGAAGGAGCUGUCUUGAAACCGAGAUCCAAGAUUAUCGCUUAGUUGCAGAGUCAUAAACAAAGUGUUCCCAGCACAUCUCUAUGGGCUACAGUACCACUGCCUUUGACAGAUCCAUCUUCUCCAUAAGGCUGGAGCGUGGGGGGGGGAGGGGCGGAGGCGGAGGCAGGAAGCAGCUCAGUGCCCUUGCUACUCUGACAGUCUGCAUCCAGAGACCAGAGCCAUCACUCUAAUGGCACUGAUUUUCUUUUAGACUUAAUGCACAGAAGGGGAUGUUGUCCUUCAGGGUACCGUUAGGGGACUUUUCCCCUUAAAGAUGUGUCACUGUUAAACACGCCUAUGAAUUCUCAGUACUUGGCCCCUAAGGAGAAUGAGUACCAUUACAGUCAGACCCUGCUGCGCUCAGCAGGGUCAGCGGGACAGACCCCCCCCCCCAGCUCAUAGUCGAACAAUGUAAAUAACCUGCUUUCGCAAAAUACCAGUUUUAAAGAGUCAUCAAGUGAUUUCUGAAAUGAUGCCUCUAACGUGUGAUUAGUUAGCCACCCGGAUGUUUGGGAGUGCAAAGCAAUGAAGCAGCCAGGGUUUAGGUCAUACAAGGAAAUGUGAAAGUCACGCUCAUUGAGAUCAGCAGGGUAUGUAUGUCAUGUGGAGUGCCCCUCAGAUCAGUUAUGAAUUUAUGAGUUCAAAUUAAAUCCCAGCAGGCUGGAAUCAGAUUCAUUUGGUACGAGAUUGUGACAAGACCAUGUAAAAUGUAUGGUCUAUUUAUUUUUUGGCCAACAGCUUCUUUCUAAUGUUUUGUGAAAUAUUAUUUUAAGUGUCUUAUAUAAUGGUGCUUUUAUGGUUAUUAAAAUUGUAUAUGGUAUUGCA